AAUUAAUGAACCAGCCAAUCGCUGCGAGUCACAAGACAAUUUAGCGCAUUAACCCUUUCCUUUUUUGCAAGGAUCGAGUAUUAUAGAAGAUCACAUUGGUGAACAGAUAGAUCUGGGAUACACGCUUGGAUACAGUGAGCGUACGUGAAAGGACAGUUCGUGAUUUACUGAUCCAUUCAGAGUAAAAUGGCGGAGCUGAAGAACGGCGGCACUGAUGAGGCGACGCCCCAGUCGCCCGAGCAGGAAAAACUGCUGCUCGAGGGUGAGACCAAGACCUGCAAGGCGACCAUCUACAAGCCGAGCGCCGAGUCUUGCACGAACGGCGAUGCGAAAAUCGAGCUUGGCACUGCCGCCCUGGCCGGAGGUCUGAAGAAGGAGGAGCUGCUGAAAUUCGCCAACGAUCCGUUUUGGGUGCGCCUCCGAUGGAUUCUCUUCAUCCUUUUCUGGCUGACCUGGCUGGCUAUGCUGGCCGGGGCAAUCUUCAUCGUCGUGGUGGCACCCAAGUGCCCUGCCCCAGAGCCCCGUCUCUGGUGGGAAAAAGGGCAAAUUGCCGUGGUCGAUGUUGCCAAGGCUGACGGAGGAAUCUCAGGACUCAAUGGGAAGCUUAAUGAUCUAAAGGGCUCGACUGCAGGACUGCUGGUGAGGAACUUGCUCAAGUCUGAUGCAAGCGGUGUCAUUGAUUACCAGGCCAUUAACCCAACCUAUGGCACUUUUGACGAAUACAAAACUUUCUCUGCUAAAGCAGCAAGUCUCGGCAUCAAAGUUGUUCUUGGCAUUAACAUCAAUCACGUCAGCAUCAAGCAUCCUUGGUUCAUCAAGUCGAAAAACCAAACUGGUGAUUUUGCCGACUACUUUGUCUGGAAGGACGGUCUCGAAGGAAAGUCCAAACCACCCAACAACUGGCUUGCGGUUAAUUCGAGUGUGUCCGCUUGGGAGUAUGACAAUACUCGCAAACAGUUCUAUUACCACCAGUUUGGUGUUAAUCAGCCUGAUUUGAACCUGGGAAAUGUUAAGCUGCAGAAAGAGCUCAAGAGUAUUCUUCGCUUUUGGAGGGGCAACGGCAUUGCCGGAUUUCUGUUCCAAGAGGCAUCGUACCUGGUUGAAGAUCCAAGCUUUACCAACGAGAUUGAUGGUAGACAACCGUCGGAAGCAACCUUCAAGGAUUACAACUUCUACGACCAUGCUCGCACCAAGAAUUUGCCUGAGAAUGUUGAAAUCUUAAAAAUUUUCAAGGAUGAGCUUUUGACUGAGAUGGAUGAGCCAAACAACAAAAUCAUUUUCGCAGCCGAAGUUGACGGACCUCCUCAAGAAUUGGCCAAGUUCUACGGCGAUGUGAAGCCGCCAGUUGUGGAGCUGCCCCUAAACCGUCUGGCUGCCCCAGUUUUCCAAACGGCAGAGAGCUUCCGUUCAGCAAUCUCGCAGCUCAUCAACAGCAGCAGUGGCUACUGGCCUAAUUGGCUUCUGACCAGCGACAGUGCAAAUCCAGGACUGGCCGCAACCUUGGCUUUACUACCUGGCUCUUUCAUUUAUCAACCAGAUGACACACAAAACUUCAAUUCUUCUAUUUUUGAUGCCAUGAAAAAGAUCCAGUCCGAAAGGGAGGCGCCUUCCAUUAUGUAUGGCGGGCUCAAUGCAAGUGUUGUCGAUGGAAGUGUUUUAGCCUACACAAGGACAAAAACUGGUAACCCAGGUUUUAUUGUGCUCUUCAAUCCUGGAGCCGAGGCAAAGAAUGUGAGCGUCAAGGACUUCGAAGGAAUACCAAGCACGCUUUCAGUUGUGUUUAUCACAUCUGAGCAUCCUGAAUUAGCGCCCAAGAGCAAAGUUGAUUCAGCCAACAUCCCAGUGCCAGUGAAGGAAGCCAUUGUGCUGACCUUUGUGCCUCAGAAAUAAAAGAUCCGUUGAGAGGCUACUGCAUUGUAGUUGACUUCCGAGUCUAGCUCUCUAAUAAACAGAUCAAUAAUCCUUGCAACACUAGUCGUU